UGUGAAGUGAAUGACUGAAAACGGAAGGUAACUUUAUAGAGUGCGUGUUAAUAUGAAUAAUUCAUAAUAACCUUGCUUUCACGGAAUCUGCCUACUUGGUGGUGUUCUUAAUCCGCUGACUGGUGCAUUAUGUGAUAGUAGUGCGUGUCAGAGCGAGUGUUGUGUUUCGACUUCUGGGGAAAAAAAGUGGCGAUGGGUGAAAGUGCUUGUAACUCGCCGGCCAGGAGUAUAGGUGACCCGAACUCACUGACUGACUCUGAACUUACCGAUCUUGAGUCUGAUAGUCAGAUUGAAGUACUUACUGAGAUACCAGGAACUCCCGAUCAGACCAUCGUCGACGGUUGGGUCAAAUUCCGGGACAAGAGGUGGAAACAGCGAUGGGGUGUCGUGACGAAGCUUUCUCCAGCAGCAGAUUGUCUACACUUGCAGCUUUACAGGGACAGCAAGGAUCGCUACAAGCAGGGACAGACCAAGGCGUCCCUGUCCCUCCAGCAUUUCUUGGGCGUGGAGUCAGGUUUCACGCUCGACAAGGAAUCCAACACGAUCGCCAUAAUAUGCCAGGACGUGACUGUGAUUCUUGCCUUCGAUACCAGAGAGCGGCUGAUCCAAUGGCAGGUGAAGAUUUCCAGCAACCUAGGAGAAGAUCAACAGUUCUUGAUACAGAUCACGUCAGCGCCACCAAAGGCGAAGAUAUCCACCGGUCCUGCCAGACUCCAUAUACAGGAUCAGCGGUUCUGCAUCACCACCGGAGUUCCACCCCGACUCAUCGGCUUCUGGGAGAUCGGACAACUGAGGCGGUAUGGGGUGGUACAGGGACGAUUCUGUUUCGAGGGUGGAUCGCGCUGUGGUAGGGGCGAAGGCCUCCAUGUCUGUGUGACAGAUCAGGGUGUAGAAAUCACUCAGACCUUCCAGCUAGCUGCUCAGGGGAAGCUGUCCACUAGGCGGAGACCCGUGUCCAGGAAAAUGUCUGCCAUGGACAGUCCUCGCAAGCAGAUCCAUUCGAGGCACUCGGACCUGAGCUGUACAGAGUCCUUCCAACAGCAUGUGCUGCCAUCUGCCGACAUGACGCGCAGUCUGUUCUGUAGUAGCGAGGGAGAUCCUUGCUGCGCAUGCUCGGCGACCGAGAGCGUCCUCAACGCGUCUCGACACCCCAGCGCCGAGGAUUUACUUUGCCCCUGCAGGGUUCAUCGAGGCAGUAGUUCGCCUUUCUGGUCUUCAGCGGAAUCCGCGGCGGGGCACCACCAUGCAGACCUAGACAGCAACUAUGGCUGUGGCGAUACUACGUCUGUCACGGAACUCCCGGAGCACUUUCAGCAUCAGGAUUCUGGCUGGUCUCUGGUGGCGCCAGAUAUGGACCGCCGCGCAAUGCCAUCUAGCUUAGAGCGCUGUGCUAGCUGUAUCAGCAAGCUGGGGGCACCGUCCAUGUCAAGGUCAUCCACUGUUACUAAUACCAAUACCCCCACUGGAGCCCCUUUCAGCCCUGCCUGGACAAUGGACAAUGCGACAAACAUACCUGCGCCCUCCAACCCCUGCCAGCACCACUACCACGUCCACCAUCCCCACCACAACCACCCCCGUUCUAAUACCAGUUGCGACCGAAUGUCGCUGUCAUCGCACGGAAGUGGCGGCAGCAGCGGGAAUUCUGAGUACUCUGUCCCACGGUUCGCCAACCCCGUGUCUGCACCUCCCGGAGGAAGUGAGUCCUGCUGGUACGACCGUCCCCGGACUAUAACCUCGACACAUCCGCCGAUACCUCCAAAAAGCCCGAAAACUCCACCGGUUAUGCCGUCAAAUCCUGCCAGCGGACUGUCCUCACACCCACCGGCGAUAAGUCUGUCGGAGGGCUGUAGAUGUCAGUGCUGUCCACCGUCAAGGCCUCCGAAACCGGUUCAGAUGUCGACCGCAAACAACGCCUCGGACUCGCCGAGCAAGAAGAAAGUCAAGAAGGCUCCUAUGCCAUUGCCACCCCUGGUCCAGCAGCAUCCUGUCGCAAUCUGCACGUGCCACUACCCUCAACAUCAGCAGAGGGUGGAUAUCAACCCCUACGAAAACUACGAUAUUCCAAAGCCAUUGCUUGGGCAGUCGUAUCCUAGGGAUUCGAAAGAUGACCCAAAGCUAGGAGACGCUCACAGUAGGAUGACAAUAACCACGGAGGAAUAUUACGACACGCCAAAGAACGUGAAGGAGUAUCUGACAGCGUCAGUCAGCGGCCCGCAAUACGGCAACUACGACACCCCUCCCGCGGCGAUGACCCUGAGGAAACCGUGCGGUUGCGUCAUCAAAUACGCCAAGAAGUCGCUGGGAGCGGAGCCGGCGAUGCCGGCCAAGGCGGAGGCGGUCGAGGACUCGAAAGGCGGGGAAUGCCCGUGCCAGCGGGUCAUGUGUUGGGCGGAGAACUGGAUGAUGUUGCCGUACUGCAGACGCGGGAACGGCAUGGAGAACACCGGCGUUCCUAUUCACAAGGUGAAGCUCAGCGGCGAGGGCAAGAUGCCGGUGAUGAACCGCAGUGGGGAGAUCGCCAUCUACGCGACUGUCGACAAGUCCACUAAGGCCAACAGGCGGCAGUGCUCCUGUCCAUCACAGCAACCCCACCAAGACGACUGCCCUCAGAAACAAGCGGACAGCACUUCGCAGCCGGAUGGCUCCAACUACGUCAAUGUGGAGGCCAGCGGAAAUGCGGCGGUACCCACGUCUGAGGAUCCGCAAAGCUGCGGUUCUGUCGCUUGCAGUCUGGACUAUGAAAAUAUUGAUUUUGCUCAGUCACUCGAAUACUACGAGAACUCCAAGGACUUCCUGCAGAGAGUCGGUAUCAGCAAAGAAGCCACAGAGUCUGGUGAACCACCAGUACCAGAAGUUUUAGAGACGGAGGAGUCUGCGUUGUACACGGUCUCGAAUGGGGUGAAGUUCUGUAACAAGUGUGGCCACGCAUGUCACCUGUACUCUCCCCGGCAAAUUCCGCAGCAGCCCUUAAUAGAAGACGGUGCGGUUGACGCUGCGGGGGAAACAUCUGCAUUGGUGCAGAGUGCUGAGGCCAGCACCUGUAAACAGGAUGACUAUCUGAUGAUGGAACCAGCUAAGAAUGUGAGUUCCUCCUCUGAAGCGGCCAGGACUCACGGAAAGAACUUUCCAGGCUACCUGCCCAUGUCUCCCAUCACCAGUGCCUCCUGCAGCAAGGCAGACAUGCUGAAGCUCAGAAUGGACAGAGCAGGUCUCCCCUCUGAAAAGUCCGCCAGUAUCCCCAGCCUUUCGGGUCCGAUCGGCCCGGCAGUGGAUAGAAGUCGAAAACGGUCAUUUUCCGAGUUCCCAAGAGUUCCAGGAUCUGCAAUGAUGAUGAUGAAUCACUCUACCAAUAGCCCUUACCUGCGACGACUUUUACACGAAUCUGGAUAUGAGAGUCAGAGGCUGCACGUUGCCAGCAGACGCAGGUCAAGUUCUGCUGACUCGUCUAGGUACCUGGAUGAUCUUGAAGAUCUCGAACAUUGUAGAGUAAAGGAAAGAGAUAUUUCUUCAUCACAUUCAAAGCUUAGCGACUCAGUCUGUGGCCAGAAGCCUCCAGCUCUUCUCCCCGAUGAAAGUCUUGGUCAGAAGGAAACAUUCGAUGUAUCAACCAGGCAGGCGGAAAGCACCGGUGUUGAAGCAGUUGAAGCAGAUUCAACUCUGGUGGCCCCAAAAGUUGAAGCGCUAGGAGAAGAUGUAACAAGCACAAGCAGUGGAAGUGGUUCCUUGAGAACGUUGGUCAGGGAAUGUCUAGUAGACGCACAACAGCCUCCAGUGACUGGGUCAUCGGUAUCGGCGGCCGUCCAUAUCCGACGCUCGUCUAGUGUCCCCUGCAAGUCGGGUAACAACCGGGACUCUUCAAGUUCCAAUGAUUCGGGUGUGUCGACCGGUUCGCUCAAGCACAGAGGUGCAGACUUUGCUGAGUUUGAAUUACCGCUGACAACGUCCAUGUCUACCAGGAGGCACCACCAUGCAUUGCAGGCAAGGCACCAUGCUGGCAUGCCCCUCACCAACUGUCUACAUGCGUCACUGCCUAGACGUUCCAAAUCUGUGGACCCUCUCCGGGAAAUCAGCUUCCAGUUCCAGAAUGUUAAAAUACCAGCCAAAUCAUCAUCGGCUGAAGCAGAGGUACCUAUUUGUCCGGGGAAGAGGGAUAGUUCCAAAGGAUUUGCUAGUCCUGGAGCUGAUGGAGCGAUUGUUGUUCCGUACAUGGAUUCACGCAGCACCAGCAGUGGGACAUCGGACAUGUCAGAUUACAUCGAGACCUUAUCUCUGUCAUCACACAGCUCCUCCGACACGCCAGACAGCCUCAGGUUAGGACGCCCGGCCACAACCACCUUGAGGCCACGGUCUGGGAAGGAGUACCAGCUGAUCGAUCGCUCCAUCCUGGAAGGCGACAUGAAGGGUCCCCUGGGCGGUGAUAAAGCUCCGCACCAGUUGAGAGCUCUCGUCUCCCAGUAUGCCAACAUCACGCCUGUGCCAGAGAAGUCGGAGUCACCAUCCCCCGGUUACAUGAGCAGUUCUCCGGGUCAAGAGAGGGAAGGCCAACCCCUCAUUCCACACCCAUAUAUAUGAAUGAGAUUGGGUGGAACUCGGACCUAUAGCUCAGUGCCGUUUGUAACAUGCUGAGACAGGGAGCGAUAGUGUAUCAGCUGUGGACAUUAUUUGACUGCCGUGGCUUUCUUUGUCGAUCUGUUUUGUUAUGUUAUAAGAGGAAAGCUGCAGUCUCCGACAUCUGUCGUAUUUAGAUUUGAGGUUUUUAACCAUGGUUAAGAUGUUGAUGUGGUCUUCUGAGUUGUGGCACCAAAUAGUCUUGUAUGUGGUUACCAGUGUUUUGUAGGAACAUAUCACAUCUGUCUUAAACUUUAACCUGGAGGACCUCCGAAAUGUUGAUUAACACCCACAGGACUUUUCACUGACACAGUCGAGAAGUCAACAGUUGAUACCUGUUGCAAUUAGUCAUGAUAAUUGCAAGCUUUUUGGUCUGAGCUUGAAUUCUGAUUGUUCAGGAGCGGUAAGCUUUCUUACAGACUGAGGACAUUACGUUUCUAGAGUGUAGUACGUCUUAGGCGAGGAAUUAUAUUGAACAGUGCCAGCAGUAAUGGUUAAUUUAUGUAUUGAAUAUUGUACUUCAAAUAGGUUUAGUAGUGUGAAUUUCAAACUUUUUUUUUCUGUAAAUGAAUACAAAUUAUUAAACCAGCGUACAGGCUGUUUUAAUGAGUAACCUAAGGUGCAGGUUUUUCAGGUUAGGUUAGGAGAAAAUAUAACAGAACUAUUAUGCUCAUUCGGUAUCAACAAGGUAUUUCAAAAUAUCCUGAAUCUGAGCUUAAAAAAACGUUGUCUUAAUGUUGACUCUAACUUCUCUCCUACUUUUCCUCCCUUCACCCUAACAUGUGCAUAAUAUUUUGAUAUACAGUUUCAGAUGUGAGUAGCGAGCAGUUUGUACCUAAUUACCCAUCAUAUCCUCUUGUAUAUGAGCUGUAAGGAUUGGCUUUUGAUUUCUCUCUUUUUUGGGUUCCAUAUGGGGAACUUUUUUCUACUCUAAUAACCCCAGACUGAUGUUUUCUUGUUGGAAUUAGUAUUUUAUCAAUCUAAUGAACUGUACUGUAUUUUCUACUACCAAAAUUAAUGGCAAGAGAAAUCUGUCAGUAUGUAUGAAUGUAUGAUAGGGUUUGUAUAAUCCAGUGUUGUGCUAGUCAUGUGUUUGAUUGUUAGGUUUGUGGUAGGAAUAAAAGAAGUUCGUAUUUGUGUCUAUUCAUAUUAUAAGAAUUAAUAAUAAUAAUACCAAUAGCAUUCAUGUUUUUGAAUAACUGUUAAUAAGCUUAUUUAAAAAACAUGAAGAAGGUUCUAAAGAUAAAACCUGUGAAUCAGGUUGUUAUCCCUAAGUGUUUUCAUAGUUCCUCAACAAUUUAUGGGAUACCUGACUGAAACAGUAAUACACACAGCAACGAAGAUAAAACUCCAGGGCAUCCUGUGCCAAGAUACCAUAACCUCAAUUCCUAUUGGCAGUGUAACCCUCUGCUGCAAUUAAUGUGUGUCUAAUUCCCCUGAAGCACAAAGAAACCUGCCAACCAACUAGAAUAUAUGGAUUUGUACCUGCUAAUUAAAAGUUAUUAGAUAGCUACAUUACUAAUUGGAGUUCUUAUGUUAAGAAACGUAACCAUUUACAUUAUUUGUUUUUUGUGCCAUACAUCUGUAUAAAAUGAAACAUCAAAACAGUAACUCAGCACAGAGCUGUUUCCAUAUGUAAAAAUACUUAGAAUUAAAAGGGUGAAUGUUAAAGAGUCUUUUGUCUA